AUGGCUAUCGAUGCAACUACCACGCGACAACCGAAUCACGCCGAACAGGGGACAUCUCCAUCUGCAGAAAGUAGUCUUUCACUAGACUCCGCGGCUGUUGCCUUGUUGCAAUUCAAUAGGCAUGAGUUGUCCUACUGCAUCUCCGACGAGCAGAGAAUAUCGCGUCCUGUCAGCCCCAAAUUCGACCAAAAUACCACUUCAAAGAUUAGAUCCUCGCUAGCUCAGUCACCAAGCGCAACGCAGUUCUUCACUUCAUCAGAAGUGUUACAAUUAAGUUCUUCAGUGCAAAAGUUCUUCGAUAAAAUAUGCCCCUUAUUUCCUAUCAUCUGUGACCUCGCUGCGAUGACAAUUGUCUCCUCUGUGAUUUCGCAUGGCUAUGGAGAUAAUAUUGAAACUUGUCUCGCUUUACUUCUUGUGGCAAUUGUCAAAGAGUGUGAUACCUCCACCCUCGGCUCUGGAAGGGGCGAUUUUCAAUACGCACUGUCAAUCCUCGCUCGUGUGCACUGUGACUUUAGUCUGGAAUUUGUGCAAACUGAAAUUCUUGCUGGUAUUUAUCUGUAUCGUCAAUUCAAGCUCAUGGAAGCCUGGAAGCACAUACACGCAGGUUGUACGACACUAUACGUCUUAAUUCAGAGGUAA